GUGAGAUUUCAGGAAGUGAUUUUUAAGGAUCUCCAGGAACGGGGAAAGAUCACUGUUGAAAAGCAGGGAUGGACACCAGCUUUCUGGUACUGUGCAUGAUGCUGGCAGCAGAUAUGACACCAGCUUCUGCUACAGCAAAUCCGAGCAUGAUAGAGACCCUCAUUCUGGCCACCUUCCAGCGUCCCUGGCUCUGGGGUCUCUAUGUCUUUGUUGUUGGACUCCCCAUCGUUCUCUUCAUAAGCUUCAUGUGGCCAGACAAGAGGUUUGGUCCCCCUGAUCAACCAUAUUACUAUAAGAAGAGUGAUGAGGAUCAAUCAGAUGAUCCUGAGCUCUCACCACCAAGGAAAUCGAUAGCAAAAGAUUCAUGCACCAGAGCAAGAACCUCAGAACAGGAAACCCAACAAACUCACAAGAACCUGCUGAGAAGAAAAGCUAAGGAAUGAAUGGCAUCCCCUUACUUAGGAAAACUAAAAAAAUGAACAUAACCAAUGUAUUCGUAUUUAGCUGGGUCCUGUUAUGCAUUUCAUCACCCCAGACAGCUA